UUAAUCCACUCAUGCAUGAGGAUGCGCUCCCUACCGGGGCGGUACAACAACUUCCACCUCGCCAGUUAGCCCGGUGAAUGACUGUUCCGUAUAUCUCUGAUUACUAUACAACGGUUAUGCGUGUCAUCAAGCUCACACGCUCCGGGGUGACUUUGAUGCUAGUCACAAUUUGAUUUCAGGAGAAAGCGCCCGCAGAUACGAACAACCAGCUCUAUCUGCCUGUCUUUUCUGUAAAGAGCGUCCCGCGACGGGAUAAUUAUAGUCAACAUGAAGAGCACAAGAGGACUUCAGCUUGCGUUUAGAAUUUACAAACGGAGUCAUCAUCACUCUGUCGGAAUUAUAGGAGCGCCUUUUUCCAAAGGACAGCCGAGGGAUGGAGUGGAGCGAGGACCCGACCUGAUCCGCAGCGCUGGAUUGGUGGAGAAGCUUAAGGCACAAGGAUGUGAUGUCAAGGACUACGGCAAUCUGAUGUUCGAGGAGUUUUCCAGUGAUGAGCCAAUCAGCCGCGUGAAGAGACCUCGAGCGGUGGGCCGCGCCAACGAGCGCCUGGCUGGCGCUGUGGAGGAGGUGAAGAAAGAGGGGCGUACCUGUGUAAUGCUGGGCGGAGAUCACAGUUUGGCAAUAGGCUCCAUCCAUGGCCAUGCAGCAGCCCAGAAGGACCUGAGUGUGGUGUGGGUGGACGCCCACGCAGACAUCAACACGCCCCUGACGUCCCCCACAGGCAACGUCCAUGGACAGCCCAUGUCCUACCUCAUCCGAGAGCUGCACUCAAAGAUCCCAGUUAUACCCAACUUCUCGUGGAUCAAGGCUUGUGUAUCAGCCAAAGAUGUUGUCUACAUUGGUCUUAGAGACGUGGACCCAGAAGAGCACUACAUCCUGAAGUACCUGGGCAUUAAGGUGUUCUCCAUGACAGACGUGGAUCACCUGGGCAUAGCCAGAGUGAUGGAGGAGACCUGUGACCACAUGUUCUCCAAAGUGAAGAAGCCCAUCCACCUGAGCUACGACAUCGACGCCCUGGACCCGUCCAUAUCCCCUGCCACAGGCACCCCCGUGAUAGGAGGGCUCACCUACAGGGAGGGGGUCUAUAUAACGGAGCACAUCUGUCAGACAGGUCUCUUGUCUGCGCUGGACAUGGUGGAGGUGAAUCCCAAGCGCGGGAAGACGGAGGAGGAAGUUCGAUCUACGGUCAGCGCCGCUGUUGACCUUGUGCUAGGCUGCUUCGGACGCCUCCGAGAGGGAAACCACCGUGCAGACUACCGGAUGCCUGAGCCCUGACUGGUUGAUUCAAUGAGUAGGUGACUGACAGGUCGAUUCAUUGACUGACUGCCUGUUUGACUGAGAUGAUCGGAUAGUUGGUUGGAUAAAUAGUCUGUCAAAAAUGUUGGGUAGCUGAUUGGAUGACUGCACCUCAAUGACAAUUAUUUCUCUGGAAUCCAGUUGUAUUGAUUUGACAGCUUUUUAUAUUUCCUUAAAAAUAAGAUUAAAAUGCUUUUUUUU